CUGAUUAGAGGUAGCGAUGUAAUUUCUAGUUGUGUGCUAUACAGUCAACUGUCUCCUUAGCCCUAGGUCCCUUCAUGCUACUAAUGUACCUGCACUGAACCUGAUGAUGGCAGGUACAAAACACAGGUCACAGGUUACAAAAGCAGGUUAGAGUACAGGUCACCUUGCUAGGGUAAAUAUUAGAACAACACUGUAGUAAAAGUGGCCCCUAGCCCUAUAAUCACAUCCCAGGUAGAGUUUUAUCUUAUAAAUGGGGAAUUUGCUUAUCUCAGCUAUUUAAUCAGUAGGCCAGUUGCACUAAGAGGUCAUGUGACCAAUGCCUCCUUUAAACAUUGAGUUGGAAUCUUGCUGAUGCCAAAUAUUGACAGAACACAUAAAAAUUAUCUUACACCCGAAAUUUGAGAGGAAACACAUUUAAGGGAGAUAUUUUAUGGCACUUUGAUUUUUCAACAAAGUGGUAUGAUUUGUAUUGGCCGCCAUGUUGGAGGGCAUACUCUUGCCCUCCAACAUGGUGGCCAAAACUACUUUUUGCUUAUAUCUUGUUAAACGUUUGAUAUUUACUCUCAGAUGUGCUGUAAACGCUACCACAUUAUCUUUUCAAAAUUUCCCUUGAACUUUAAGUGCAAAAUUUGUGUUCAGAAAGAGGUAAUUCAUAAUUUUAAAAUCACGUUUUGGUCACGUGACCAGCUAGGAACUUACUCAUUUUAAGGAAAUGGUGCAGGUUUGAAAAACCAAAUCACUAUUAUUUUGUUUAAGAUAUGACCCCCUAAUCGUUUUUUGAAGGCAAAAUCAUAUAACUUUCAUUUUCAUAAAAACGAUGUCACAUGACAUGUUAGUGCAAAUGGCCUAUAGAGUAGUGACCUGCACUUGUGACCUGUGUUUUGUACUUGCCAAAUGGUAACUCCCCUAUAAAAUAAAUACCAAGAGGUGCCGGGUCCCUGCCUUUUUCAUGCAGGCUUUAACUGUGAUAUCCUUACCUAUAAAAAGAAAUAAUGGGCAAAGGAAGGAGUGUUGGGCACUUAUUUGAGGGAGAGUGCUUAAUAGAGCAUGGGUGUAAAUUUUAAGAAGUACAUGUACUUACAGUACAAAUUAAAGUAUCUUGUGCUGUUUUUUGCCCAUGAAGGCUGAGAGUGGAGCAGUAAUUCCUUUAAAAUUUAGGCGACAAUUUUUUUUUUUCUGUGCUUGUUUAAUUGACAGUAUUAAUCAUACACAGGACACUAUUUUUGUGUCUUCUUCUUGAGACUGGACUGCCGUUCCUGUUGCCAACUCACCCAUACUGAGGUGUAAGGUUUCUCUCAGUUUUUUCAGGUCUUUGGCUUUAAACCCCAAACCCUCUGCUAGCUCUACAGACCUGUACCAACUCAGCCAAAGGUGAUUCAUUUCAAGUUUAUUCUGUACUGAUCAGAUUUUUAUUUUUCGCAGCUUAAAAGAAUGUUUCCUGACCUGCGUUUGAAACUACCUAGUAAACGAUUACUAGGCAAUAACUUUGAUCCUGGUAAGCUUACUUGUUUGGGAAUGAGCAAAGCAUAAUUAUUUAUUUUGGGUCUAGAAAAAGACAACCUAGAAAAUGAAGUCGUGUGACCUGUAGAUGACGUAGAAAGUGACGACGUAGAAAACAAUGACCUUGAAAAUGACAUUUUAGUAAACAACAACCCAGAAAUGGACCUUUUCCUCGGGUCUAUUGCCACAGUGAGAGAAAAUAGAACAUUAUAAACUACAUUAUAUCCACAGCAUAUAAAGCACUGGACAAACUUGAAUGUGAUUAGGAUCCUCGGUUUUACUUAUUUUCUUAUUACUCCUGUGUUAUAGAGUUUAUCAAAAUAAGGCGAGAGGGUCUCAAUGAUGUCACACAGAAGAUUUUCAGUCAUCCUAAAGCCAUUGAACUGUAAGUUGGUUCUGUUUAAUUACUAUUGUGCUUGAACCUAGUCAGUUCAUUGAGCACUUAACCCUGAUCAGUGCAAGUUGAGCAGGACUGCAUAAUUCUGCAAAUAUUCCAGCAGAAAAACCUUACAUACCUUACAUACCCAUAUGUAGGGGACAGCAGGAAACAUUUUUCAUGCUUUUACAAUUUCGUAAAACUUAGUUUUUUUUUCAUUGCUGGCAUGGUUCGCUGGCUUGCAGAUUGUCCAGCCUUCAAUGAACACAGCUGAGGUUGCAUGGGGGUUGAUGUUCUGUGAAAUUACAAGCAUUUUAUACAGUCAGUUUUAACUAUUUAAUAGGCUUCUUUCACGGGCUCAAACAAAGUCCCUUGUGGUUAUACAGUCGACUCUCGAUAAUUCGAACCUUCAAGGGAAACAGAAAAAAGUUCGAGUUAUCGGGAGUUCGAGUUAUCGAGGGUAAAAUUAUAUAGAAAAUGUUUUGAAGGGAAAUGAAAAUUGCUUUGAGUUAGCGGGAGUUUCGAGUUAUAGAGGGUUCGAGUUACUGGGAGUCGACUGUAUGUCAUGGGAACCAAUAGAUUUUCCUUUGUGGCAAGUAACUUUUCAUAUUGGUGGACAAGGCUGUUUAGACUGACAAUUCACAACACCAAUACUGGUUUCCCCAUGAAAUUAAUGAUGCUUCUGAUUGGUUGUGCUGCAUGUAAAAUUUGCUUCAACCAAUCAGAAGCACUAACCAGAUCUGGGUAGUGAUGCGUCAUCAGUAUGGAAUUUCUGCUCCCAUUUCUCACACAUCAUUCCUGAGGAAACCAGCUAAGUGGUGGUGUCGGAAAAUGUCACCUGUUGUCUCAGGAUACUUCUGAUUAACUGCCCUGGGCAAGCAAAAUUUUGAGAGCUGCAUGUCUGAAGUACAGUUGAAAUGCGAGUGAAAAUUGGAAUGACAAUUUUAAUGUUGUCAUUUUUUGCAGACCUGAGGUGAGAGAAUUCUUUAACCUUGAUAAUCCAAGGAAUGCAGAAACUAAUGACGAUGAUGAUCAGCCAGGAGCUGACGAGUCUGACACUCAGGUAAAAAACAAUAUGACCCAGUUUGGAUGUAUACAACAAGCUUUAAUUAGCUUCAUACAUUAUACUUAUUGUUUUAUUAUGAGCAAUACCAUGCACCCAUCUUUACUUUUGCUGUACCCCAUUUACCAGCUGUAAGGUGCCUCAUUUUACCUUACCAGAAUUAACACCACUCUUUGUAGGAGCAAAAAGGUUGUGAUGAAUUCCACCCCAGAAUAAGCGCUGUAUAAAUGUCUCAGCCAUUAUACAGCACUUGCCAAUAUAAAAUUUUUGUUUUAAAGAUCAAGCCCCAAUGAAAGCCAGCUCCCAUCGUAUGUACAUGUAUUCAUUCUCAUGUUAACAAGUCACUUGGUGGAUCGUGCACAUCUCAAAAAUAUUAAGCCAGAGUAUAAACUGCAUACCAUAAACUUCUGCUUAUAAGCCGUGGGCUUAUUAUGACUUGUAAGGAGUUUUAGGAGGGUUUAUAAAUGUGGGGCUUAUAAAGUAUUUCAAAACAAGCUAAUGAACAAUUAUUCCUUGAGCCCGAAUGGACUCUCAGUCAAUAGCGGGCUAUUGACUGAGAGGCCAUGAGGGCGAGAGGAAUAAUUGUUUUAGUAAAAUCCAUCCAGUUGGUAAAAAAUAUCGAGACAAAACAACUGUAGCUGGCAAAACGCGAUUCAGCCGCCAUUGUUUUGGUUUUCAAAGCCGGCGCUUUUCGCCACUAGUGGACUAUAACAUAUAGCCUAGUAGUAGCUCAACCAAUCAGAACACAGCAUUGGUAAUAGAUCACUAGUUGGAUUUUACUAAAUAGCAGUAGUGCUGAUCAAAAAUAAUACUUAACAAUCGCUCUUUUAAACUUUGAAAGGUCGUAAAAAAUCGAAUUAAUUUCAAUACAAGCUAUAGGGUCGGUGGCUAUAUCCAGGGUGGCUUUAUUUAUUUAUUUUUUCGUUUACAGGUAGAUGGCCCAUAACUACGGGAGGGUCGGGGGGCUUACAAGGGGAAGUUUACAGUAUAGGUUUAUACAAGUGUCCCAUGCAGGUUUGUUGGCUAUAGGUUAAGUUUGAAAAAAAAGGCCAGUGGUGCGUAACUGCUGAAUCCCAGGUUGCCGAUUCAAAAGUGUUGGUGCAUCCUGUUUUUCAGACAUGUUUUACUAUAAAGCUUGUUGGCAUUGGGCUCCUUUCUUCAGUUUGUUGUAGGUCUUGAUAUUGUUUUCUUUCAUAGGCUAAGGAUAUGGAUGGGAUUGAUUUAGGAGGUACAAAUAAUCCAAAGUGAGUACAAUGUUUUCAUAUUUUAUUACAGGCAGUGUAAAAUGCAGACUGUGGACCUACUGCGUACCAUUGUUUAUGAAUUUCACAAGGGUUAGAAAACAAUGGGGCUAUUGUUGUCAUGUUCUUAUUUGCAUGGUGAAGACAAUAGUCUGCAGUCUGCGUUUUACACUGACCAAUGUUCUUUUAGAAAAUGGCGUCUUAACGGCACAUAUCUUAAAAUUUUUCCCAGGGGAAGCAUGUCCCUAGACCCCCCUAGUAGCUUGCACCUUUGGCAUUUUUGGGCGUGGCUAUGCUGCUCCACAAACCCCCUUUUUUUCAGUUGACAGGGUUGGAAUCUCUGCAGUGGCCACCCUAUGGUCUAGAGAGGUGAUUACCUCACCAUGCUGAUAAAAAAUUUUUAAGUCAAAUCACAUGCAAGGAAAGUGAUGUUUUCGGAGAAGGGGGUUGGGUAGUGUGCAUUUGGAAAAAUGUACGUACAUCUGGAAAAGUCCUUGCUUAUGAUUCCCCUGCAUGAAUCUUGAAUAUCUGAAUGCAACAGUUCAUCAGAAUUAUAUUUUUCUUCUCUAGAGCAAAGCCUAGUGAUUUCCUUUUCUUGAAAGUGAUAGGAAAAGGGAGCUUUGGAAAGGUAAGUGAAGCAUGAUUUUCUUCAAACCUUACAAUUUCCACUUGGAACCCAAUUCUAAUUUCAUCUUGUUUCCUAAAAGGUUUUUCUUUCCAAGAACAAGGCGGAGGAUAAAAUCUAUGCCAUUAAAGUUCUGAACAAGGCUAUGAUAAGAAAGAGGAAAGAGGUUAGUCUUAAUUAUAUGGUACAUCAUUUAAUUAAUUUAUUUCAUGUGCAAAAUGAGUGUAGGAUUUGAUCAUGAGAUACCAGUAUUAUAUAAAUGACUCUGAAGUUGAAUAAAAAUGGUCAGCAAUAUGUGAGAAAAGUUAACCAGACAAGUUCAUUUAAGAUGUAGAUACCAUACACGUGCAAUGACAAUGGUGCAUACUGUCAAGUGGGGAGUUAAUUUUACAUUUCAAUGCUGCUUUUGCCUGUACUUUGAUUGUGUAUCUAUCCAAUAAGUAUAAGUGUAAAAUUAUUACCUGGAUAGGCAACUUGCUAAAAAUCGCAAAAAUCGAUUUCCAGCAAGAAAAACCAUCAUUUGCAAAGUUAGCUGUCACAAAAGUCACACAAAAUCACCCCUUCCUUCGCAAGAUUAUAAUAUGAAAACUAAGUGUAACGCAAUGCUAUUUUUUAGGCAAAGCAUAUCAUGGCGGAACGGAAUGUUUUGUUGCAGAAUAUUAAACAUCCCUUUUUGGUGGUAAGACUGAUUGAUUAAUUCACAUUUAAGGUACACUUUUGCACUUAUGUCCAGGAUUGAACUCUUUUGUAAGUAAUUUAUGGAUGUGUAAAAAUAACGCCAUAAGUGAUAUUUGAUAUAAUGCCCAAUUUCUCCCAUUGUUUCACAAGGAAAUAGAGGCUAACUUGUAAUGAGAAAUAAUUUCUCAGUAUGGUUACUUGUGGGGACUUUUUCCCAGGCACCCAUUAUUUAACCAUAAGUGACAGCCUAUUUAUCAAUGUUUUUAAUCACAGGGUCUCCACUACUCUUUCCAAACAAGGGAUAAGCUAUACUUUGUUUUGGACUAUGCAAAUGGUGGAGAGGUAGGUAGAGAGUCAUAGGGUAAAUUUAUGUUGUGCAUAUAUAACCAUGGGCAGAUUUAGGGGUCAGCCAAGUGGACCACGGCCACCCCAUUUCCUGUGAAAUUUUGUAUUAUUUUUAAAUAAUUCUGAGAAAAUAUAUUAGGGUCCAUUGGCAGAUCAUUGCAGCAGUGAAGGGGAGCAGCCCCCUGUUUUGGGCAUAGAGCAACCCGUUACCUCAGGAUUUGGUCUGGAUCUCGAUCAAUGAAAAGAAAAGAAAAAUGUUGUUUACAGUUCAGCUACACCCUGGAUUAAACUUGACAAUCUUAAAAAAAAAAAAUCGGAAUGGAAUUUCUCUGUUACAAAGUCAAAAAGGCCCUCAAAUGUAUAAAAGAGGACAUGGGGUGAUGGAGGCUACCUCUCUGUAUAUACAUACAUGUAUGGGCUCCUUAUUUCCAAAUAUUCAUGCAAUGAGAUUAAUGAUGGUUGGUUUUUUGUUGUUGUUGUAGCUUUUCUUUCAUUUGCAAAGAGAGAGAUAUUUUCAAGAAAGCAGGUAAGUAUUGGUAUAGUGCCAGUAUAUAAUUAUAAAGGAUAUUACAUAGCCAUGCAGAGUUACAAAAUUUUUCUUUGAGUGCUGGACAAUAUUUCUCAAGUGAGUACAGUGAAUAAUAAAAUUUAACUGUUUUUCAAUGCGAGAAGAAAAAUGUUGUAUCGCUAAGCGGUCAUGUAGUGUUCUAUUUGUUUAUUCUAAACACCAAUAAAACAUCAAACCAAUUCACUUAAACAUUUUUUUCUGUUGUGAAAGGCACAAUCUUAUGUAACCAUAGCAAUGGUGACCUUUUUACGUGUGAAGAUAACAUGUUACCUCUUUGUGUGAAGAUACGUUUUUGCAAGAAAACGCACCUGCUAUUUCAAUGGUGUUUAAUAUAAUAUUAGUGUAUAUCUAUGUUAUGCUGAGGUAUGUCUAUUCAUAUCACCGAUGGUUUGGUAAUGCUGACAGGCAAAACAAAGUUAUGUCUAAUUGAGUUUCUUUUGGUAGAGUUUUUAGCUUUUCAGGGUGAAAACAAUAUUUCAGACCAAAGCAUUACAGGAUUUAAAAAACAGAGUAUACAGGAAAGAUUUUUAAGAGUUAAAAACUCAUUAAUAUUCCGUGGCGAUGAACUGUUGCAAAAUUAAUUACAACAUUGAUAAGAAAAUUAAUCACAUAUUUAAUAAGUGGUUAUAUAAAUAUGGGGAAAAUUGACUGGAGAUUUCAGCCCCAAUUUUUCCUUCAAUCAGAAACCCUCCGAUAAGUGGAAGAAUGAGCGGAUGUAUUGGAAAGAUUUUUAAACCAUCUGAUAAGCAUUCGCUUUUGGUUAUAUAAAGUCAUGUGAACAGUUGAGCUGCAGAUAACCUAACAGUGUUUGCUGAUGAUUGUGUACAGCAGACCACUUGGGUGAAAACACGGCAAUAAUUUUCAUUGCUAAUGCAUGCACAGACAUUUAGUUUGCUCGGUUUAUAGAGAAGGCAUUCAAUUUUCCUUGAGCUAUGAAUUGAGAAUAAUAUUAUGAUACAUUUUAUUACCAAACAUUUCAGGGCAAGAUUCUACGCAGCAGAAAUUGCCUCGGCAAUAGGUUAUCUUCACUCUCUUCAAAUCAUAUAUAGGUAGGUCACCAAUUUCUAACAAGUGCAAGCUGUCACGAAAAUUUCAUAUUACUUGGUGUGUUGCCGUCGUAGUUUCGUAAGAUCCGUAGUGAUGAAGUAGAUGCUCAUGCAAAAUAUUUUUUUACAAACGGCUAACUUGCUCUAAAAUGGACAUUUGUGGGGCUGACACGUCUCAAUAAAGCGUCCAUCCAUAUAAGUCUUCUUGUAUAGUGAUUAAUUCUAACGUUUGAGUCUGUGGACCCUUCAAGUGGAACCUCUUUCAAGUGGUGCUUUUUGUUUUUCAGCAUUUUAUAAAAUGAGAUUUAAGAAUUUUGUUAAAUUUUAACUUUGGCUGCGUUUUGGAGUGAAAGGGAUAAAGAGGUGACUACAUCACAGAGAAUCAAAGAAAACCGAGUGAAGAAAGGGUGCUAUCUUAAUUGGUGUUUCAGUCGGACAGGUGUUAUCACCAAAUUACAUUUUACAAAAGAUUGAAAAAGCACUGAACCAACGAUAGUUUCUGCAACUGCUGAAGAGAGGAUCCGACCAAGUCCAGGUGUCUUUUUACGAAGGUCUCUGUUAAGAGAGCAAUUAAUGUUCCGCCAGUCACCGGUAAUUUAGCGUUCCCAUCGUUUUUAGCAUUCUAUUAAAGAUGACUUUAAGUUGUUAGCUGAUCGAAUGAAGAGAAUUUUAAGGCGAAGGAGGAUAUUGGCUCAUUCCAUGUCAGUGCUUUUCCCACAGUAGACUAUAGGUAACAUUACAUUUUUCAUUUUUCAGGGACUUGAAGCCAGAGAAUAUUCUUCUAGAUUAUAAGGUUUGUUCACCUCAACUAGCUCCUUGCUAUUAUUUGUUCGCGAUAGAUAAUGUUUUUACAAUUUCUACGAUUAACUUCGAGCAAUCACUUAACGUAAAAACUGGUGUUUUACAAUGUUUUUUUCCCGGCAGGGUCAUAUUGUUUUGACAGACUUUGGACUAUGUAAAGAGGGAAUAGAAUCUUCUGGAACAACCUCAACUUUCUGUGGCACACCAGAGGUAAUUCUUUACAAUAACCUCAAACAAUUGUCACUAUGUCACCACAAGUUCAUUGAUCUGUUUGCCAAGUCUAGUUUUAGAGAGAUCAGAACCAAUAAAAUUGAAAUAUUCUUACGAAUGUUUAUGGCUUCUCGAGUGAUCAAAAAUCCUUGGUCAAUUUUUAACGGAAAUUUAUGCUUGUGAUAUCCAAACGCUCUACACAAUGUAAAUUCCUUAGUUGCAUGGAUGUGAAUACUUAAUAAAAAUUGAUAGCCUAUAUCUUCAGGUCACCAGGGAUAGACAUUCUUUUUACUAGGAUCUGUAUUUGUAAUAGUGACAUGCCCCACCGAGAGCACAACUUGUACCUAUUUUCGAUAUUUUUUGUUUCUCUUGUUGGUAGUACUUAGCUCCAGAAGUUCUUCGGAAGCAGGAAUACGACAAAACAGUGGAUUGGUGGUGUCUGGGUGCAGUCUUAUACGAAAUGAUGUAUGGUUUGGUAAGAAUUCUAAGUAUUAGCCGGCGAGAAAGCUAUCUAGUUUAAGGAUAUCGUGAGAAGUCAUGCGCGUGAGGGGGAAGGAAAGUAAAGCUCUCCUUUCCACUGCCGCUCGCGGCCACUCGUUCGCGCGUUUUCUCGUAGAUCACCCACGCUUGCCAAUCGGAAUGGAAAGCUUGCUCGCAGGAUACUCUCGAUACUUGAUUAUCAGCUUAGCAUCUUAUUAGUUUAAGCGCGCGUUACUUUAGGAGAAUACAAAAUAAUAUUCUUAUUCUCUGAUUCGUUGGAUUCGUUUCGGCUUAGAUGUCUCAGUUUAAUAAAUAGAUGACAGAAAUCAUUGUUAUGUUUACAUUUAAAAGAAGUCAAAUUUAGUUUAGUUUUUAUUACUUUGGGUCCAUAAAAAAAGGACACUCAAAAUUUCUUUCUUUCCUUCGUAGCCUCCAUUUUACAGCCGUAACACAGCUGAAAUGUAUGAGAAUAUUCUGUACAAACCGCUGCGUCUAAGGACCAACAUUUCCCAGAGUGCAAGAAACAUUUUAGAGGGGGUAAGUGACCAGCUAUUGGACGUUCGAUGGUUUGUCUGCCAAAAGAAAGUCAAAACAAUUUAUACGUAUAUGAACUUUUGAAAAGUGGGUGAAACAUGAUCGUCCGGGUGAGUGUAGUCCGAAACUGGCUCGUUGACGACAGUGACUCUUAGGGAGCCCAAGCAACAACCACGGCGACGGCUACAUAAACGUCACUUAAAAAGUGAAGUCGCGCUACUUCAGACGUUUUCGCGCCUAUUGUAUCUCGCUCAAUUCGUCAAAUGUUGUACUUUUUUUUCUGGAGUUGAAUUCUAAACGACUCUAUCGAAGUUCAGGAAAAGAUAAAGAAAGUCGUUGUCUUGAGUUCACUUCCUCCUCAAACGUACAAUUAUGCAUUUUCUCGUCGUAGUCGUGCCGUGACGGCAAAGAACUGUACAAAAAGCGCGAUGCACGUACAGAUUUGUUGUUUUGCCAAUCUAAACCAAUUUCUUUUUUUGCCGUUUUCGUUGAUGUCGCCUUGGUCGUUGCUCAAGCUCGCUACUGACGUUUCGAUAACCUAUGCAGAGGUCAUCAUCAAUAUGGACUGAACACCACUCAGCACCAUUUGCUUGCGUCAAAAGUCUUCACAGCCGAAAUCACGGCUUGACUGACAGACGACUUAGAAGCUGUUAACAUGGAGGAAAGAUCCUAGCAUCAGAAGGAUCCUAGAAGGUGGAUCAUUCUGGCGCCUUAUGUUUUUAGCAUUCAGUUUACAUCUAAUGGGUUGUACUUGUCCCUAGACUGUUCACAGUCCUCUACUUUUCCGUAAGAUCAUCGAGAUCGAGAGUUUUGCGUUACGGGCUGCCAUUUUGCAUGAGUGUCAAAACUACUUAGGGGGCGGACCGGUUUGGGAGGAGACGAGAAAAAUGGAGGGACUGUAAGAACAUCACUUCCCCCCCACCCCGAACUAUAAUCCCCGACGCGCGCCCCCUCGGUACAUUUGAAAGUCAAGACAGCCGUGACGGUAAAACGCGGUAUAUCUAAGCGAUCUCACGAAAAAAUAGGGGACUGUGAACAGUCUAACUUGUCCCUAGCACUAGGAUCUUCCUAGGUGAGAGAUAGGAAGAUGCUAGCCCCAGGUAAUCUGUUUUUGCAAGGAAGAUUUUAGUUCCAGGGACAAACCAGACAAAAAUGGUGGCGGGUCGUUCAGUGGAUUAUCACGGGAAUAGAGGCCGAACAUUUCGUUUGGCGUUACUACGAACUGGUGAACUGCCAGCUGCUGCUGAAAGGUAGUUGUUAAUGCCAGUAAAGAGGCCGAAAUUGAAGAUUUGGUGUUGUCUGUACACAGGCCACCCGUCAUCUUUUAUUUCGUCUCUACAGUGAAACCUCUAUUAGGCGGACCCCAAUUAAGCGGACACACUCUAUUAAGUGGACACUAAGCCGGGUCCCCAAAUUAACGUCUUAUAUUUCCCUUUAUAACGAACUCCUAUUCAGCCGACACCUCUAUUAAGCGGACGCGGACACUAAAAUAGAUUGUAUUUGGCUAAUUUCUUUUGUUAAAAACCUCUAUUAAGCGGACACAGGACUGAAUUGACAAUAGUAGUAUUGGAUUACGUCCAAUACUACAUACGUAUUACGUCCAUGAAAAACGUACCGUAGUCGAUAAAUAAAGAUAAAUCAAUAUAUUUAGCUGUCAAUAAACUGUAAAUUAGAUCGAUAUCCGGCCGUAUGAUUGUCAUCCGCGUGCAACAAACAUUGUGCAAUUUUUACAAACCUCUAUUCAGCGGACACCCUCUAUUAAGUGGACAGUUGAGAGAUCCCGAAGGUGUCCGCUUAAUAGAGGUUUCACCGUAUACUUGAAAACCGCACGGACCAAAAUCUCUGCAUGUAAACCCAACAAAAAGUUGUUCCGCCUUCCAGGAUCUUCCUACCUCCAUGCAAACAGCCCCUUACAGCUAACGCAUCUUUUCUAUUUCCUACGAAAUAGUAUUUUAUCACUUUUGUGAUGAAAAUAUUUCUUAGCCUGUGUGCAGGCGUCUUCUAUUUCCUUUGUUGCUUGCGGAACAAAGAAAUAUACGAGUCUUUUGUACGCAGGCGAAAUAUUUAUGUGAUAACGCUUUUUUUUUGUCGCUGAUAGCUUCUUCAGAAAGACCGUACCAAGAGGCUUGGACAGGGACCAAGUGAUUUUGUAAGUAAUAGUUCUGCUACUAAAUACAUUCAAACUCUGCAUUAUCAUCGCCGAGAAUGCUAUUGUCUUUCGGGACAUGUACUUACAGCGCCCAGUUUGUCAAUGCAAGGAAUAACAAUUAGAUGAAUUGAGCUUUUGGAAUGCCGACGGGCCUCGACAAAGAAUCUGUGGCUCUCAAUCAAACCGUUUGAUGCAAGAAGCUUAAAUCUCUAGGUGUGACUGGAAGUUCAAGUGAUAUUUUUUUUGCUUUAUUUCUGUAAGACCAAUCCAACAAGUGCCACAUGAUCACGUUUUCCCCCAUUUUCUACUUCUGCCAUUAUCAUCACGUGUAGAUUUGUGUUCCUCAAUAUUCAACGCUUUUCAAUCCUCUGAGUUUUUUCUUACUUAGGCGAGAGAAGUGGGAAAGUAAUUAUAAAUAAAGUGAUUGAAAAGAAGCGAAACGGCAUUGGAGUUAAUUUCCAAGUAACUAAAGCUUAAUUCGGCAAAAAUUCUCUAGUACACACGAAGAAAUCUGUCCCUGCGAUGUGUCUCCGUGACAUGUUGCUGUAACUUGUCGCCCAGUGUAUUCCGACCUAGGAAGUUGAAUCUGGCACAGUGAAUACCCUGGGGUCAGAGAACAAUUUUAAAGUACUGAGAAAAUUGUACCUAGAAGCAUGGGCUUAGCUGCCUUGUUUUUAGAAGUUGUACUUUAUCGGCAAGUCAUUUUAAGUUUAAUCAAUCGUUUUUCUUCCUCAGGAGGACAUAAAGAAUCAUCCGUUCUUCAGGAACAUUGACUGGGAGUCGUUGUACGAAAAGAAAAUUGACCCACCAUACAAUCCUAAUGUGGUGAGUAAAGUCAAGUGUCACAAGUGAAUGACUGCAUACAAUGUGUAUAAAUACUCCAAACCUGGGCUUUUUAGUCACAAUGUUUAUAUGACUACGAUAUUAUAACAACGUAGAAAAAAUAGCAAAUUAGUAGAAAAUGUAUACGUUGGGACAAUUAAAAAAAUGGGAACAUAUUUUAAAUAAAUAAAUGAAUGAAUAAAUAAAUAGAUUUCAUCCAAGCUAAAUUUCAUCACUCAAAAGCGCAUUCAGUAGACGGCGUCUGAAAAUUGUCACAUUCUCCUCUACUUUAAAGUCACUGGAAAGAUUAUUCCACAGUUUGCAUCGGAGUACGCAAACAUAAACGCUGCCAAGACGACAAGCGACAUAUAGGGAUAUGCAAUAGAUUACACGAUCUUGUGGCGCAACCAUGAAAUCUAACGAAGAAUGAGAGGACAAAUUUAUAAUUCUCUUUCCGUUAUAUAUUAGGGACCCCAAGCAGCGACAACGGCGACGGCACUGAAAACGUUAUUGGUAGAGUGAAUUCGUGCUCUUUCAAACUUUGUCACGUUUUUUCCAACGCGCUUAAACUGUGAAAAUAUGUGGGCGAAUUCCCGAGGACCGCAUCCAAAUUCAAAAAUUGGAAGAAAAAUUUGUCGCUGUGUGAUUACGUCCUCAGCAAAACGUCGAAUUAGCAAAUUUCACGUGGUAGUCGUGCAGUGACGACUAAAAAAUGUACCAGAAAGUGUAAUGCACAAGCAGAGUUGUUGUUCUGCUCGUUACAUAAGCUUCCUUCUAACUUCAGGGACCUUAAGAUCCGCGCGAACGGCGAGGGAAGCGAAAACCUCUCUUAAAAAUUGAAUUUGCGUUCUUCCAAUCUUCAUCGCGAUCAUUCCGACUCACUCACUUAAGCAAACACUCCUUGACUUGAAUUCCUGGAACCAUAUUCAGGAUAAGAAUGAGAGAAGAUUUCGUCCUGGCUUGUUUAAGACUCCCAGAAAACGUGAAACUAGGCAUUUUGGCGUCGUAGUUGUCGCUAUGUUGCGCUGAAAAUCGUCGUUGCAAAACGUCCCGUGUAAAGCUCAGAUGUCACCAUAUGGUAACCGAUCGUUUCAAUACAAACCCAAGCAGUAAACCUGCACAAAAAUUUCGAUCACUUCAGGUAUAGUUUGUGCGUGAAAAAGAAACACAUUGUUGGUGAAUAUUCUUCGUUCUUAAAGCUAAGUACGUGAAUCUUUUUACAACUCGAGUGAAUAAACUUGUAUCGAUACGACCGGUAACCCCGCUUAUGGGGCGCCAUCUUUGAACUUAUUGUAAUCAACCUAAUCCGCGACAUGUAUUGUGUGAAGUGAAAAAAGGGGUGGAGGCAGAUCAUACCAUCGGGAAACUCCCCUACUCGUUUUUUCGAACAGAGGCUUUAAGUGUGCGUUCUUUUACGACCCCUACGAGUAAACUAACGAAGGAAGUAUAUGGGAGACAGAACCAACGGCUUAACGUCACCGCCCAAUGACGCGGUCAUCCUCAAUUAACCCCCAACAUAUUCUCAUCAGAUAUUUUUUUAUUGUAUUUUUAUGGUAAGUAUAUGGGUAGACAGAACCAACCAUCCGGGGAUCGCCGACUAUAUGGUUUAUACGUCACCCCUCGUGUAUCAGCAAUGACGCGGUCAUCCUCAAUUUGACGAAAAUUAAAUACUUUAAAAAAAAACAAAUUGAAAAAGUAUUUUCUCAAUGGCUUUUACGGCCAAGAUAUUGUCAUGGCGUUUUCGCCACCUGAAUAUUUUUAUUGUAUUUUUAUGGUAACCCCAGGACCCCCCCUCCCCCUAGCUACGCCCCUGAGCUUGUUUUUGACAAGUGGUAGUAUAUUUUCUGGUAUGCUCCUCGGAUACGGAAAUACGCAGUGUUUCUCUUGAUACUUACUUACUUUAUUUGACAGAGUGGUCAACUGGAUCUGAAGCAUUUUGAUCCUGAAUUUGUUCGUGAGCCGGUCCCAGGUUUGUUUCUGCUUCUUUACUUUAAUAUUUUUGCAAACUUUAUAAGAUAACUCUGUUUCUUUUGUCUUUGCUCCAUAUUAGUGCUAUUUUGAACAAAAUCUAACUGGCAUUUUUCAUUUUUGUCGCCCGUUCCCCUGUAACAAACUAUUGAAGUAGUUUGUUUGGAAAACCAUGAUCCGUUUUCGCUUUAAAAAACUGCUCUUCCUUGGCAUACAUCAUACCUGACUUGAAGUUUGCAUUCCAGUGAGGUCAAAUAUGCGCCAUUAUGGAAUAAAACAACCUGGGGUCAUUUCGAAGGUAACUGUUCACAGUCCCCUAUUUUUCCGUAAGAUAGUCGAGAUCGAGCGCUUCCCGGUACAGGCAGCCAACUUGGCUUCAAAUGUUCUGAGUUUAGCCUGGGGAUGAGUCUCAAAUCUACUUAGGGGACGGAGGACGCUUUGGGAGGUGGCGCCUCCCUCCCCCCACCGCUAUAAACCCGGACGUCCACCCCCUCGGUAUAUAUGAAAUCAAGAUGGCCGCCUGUGCUGGUAAGCUCUCGAUCCUGACAAUCUUACGAAAAAAUAGGGGACUGUGAACAGUUUAUUUCGAGGGAUUUAGCUUUUUUUAAUAAAGUCUUAUUGACAUCUACUAGGAUGCUUGGCUCCGUCGUGUUCUGAGUCCCACGGUGAAUCAACCAAUCCUUUGAGUGUCUAUGAUGCUUCACCUAUCGCGGGAAACAAACUUGAGUGUGACAUCUGUUACCUCGGCAUGUAAAAUCAGGGUCGUACGAAGACGGAAAUUCUUACCGAAGCAUAUACAUGUGUCAAUUUCUUUUCAAUGUAUUGCAGUGUCAGUUGGAUUUGGAAAAUUUUGCGUACCUUUUGAAAAAUUCUGGCUUCGCCCCUAACUCAUAUCGUGACUAACAAGUAUUUAUUUCAAUCCCUAGGAUCGGUGGGUAAAUCAGCUGACUCAGCUUUCUUGAGUGCCAGCGUGGAUGACCCUGAUGACGCCUUCGUUGGUUUCACUUACGUUCCUCCAACAGAAGAUCUACACGAGUGAAAGUCACGAUAAAGGCUCUGCUGGUCGGCCUUGUGCUGGUUCCUGCCGCGAGAAUCAAACAAGUUUCAAUGUGUUUUCACUAACGUACAUGUCAGUAACAGAUGAUUGACUACGAUCACGUGUUUUCUUUUUGUUGGGGUAUGAUGAAAGUUUGUAAAAUAAACAGAAAAUUCGAGAGGUGAGACUUGUAAAAAGUACCAAUUCCAUUAUUUUUUUUUCACGAGAAAUUUGACUUUCAUCACUAGAGAAUGAUGUCCAUGAUUGUUUUUACAAGAAACGAGACUUCGCCACCAUGUAAGGGAAUCCAAGACAUUCUUGGAUUCUGAAUGCCAGGUAUUGGAUUCCGGAUUCCAAUCGUUGAGCUGUAUUCCGGAUUCCACUGGCAAAAAUUUUCUGGAUUAGGGAAUCUGGAUUUCCUUACUUUGGGCGACUAUUGUGACAAUUAAUUCAACUACUGAAAAAUUGAUAGAAACCGUUGAGUAACGAAUGAAUGUAUUUCAAUUGAAUACUCGCGAACAGCUUUAUCUAUUUUGUGACACUCUAAAUCACCAUGAAUUCUUGUCAUUUUUUGUACUUUCAUUAAUGGUCGGAUCACUCGUGCUUUUCUCUCGUUUUACAUGUCUUUUUGGUUAGCGAGAGUGGUUCAGACUCGAUUGAAAACUGUUCCAUUUAAUGCCAAAAUUGUUUUUUUUGGGGGGGGAAGAGACUCAGAAUUCAAGUAAGAAUUUUCUAAUAUAAAAUAUAUAUUUACAAGUAUAAACUGUUAUUUUUGAGAGAUUGUAUUAUUUCACAAUAUUUUCAUUCGAAAAAAAUACGGUUACAACAAUCACACCUUUUAGUGAUCUAUUAGUUUGUCUCUGAAACUCAACGUGAUUUUAGAGAACUUUCAUGCGAAUUCUUUACACGAGUUAAGCACAUUUUGAUUUUUCAAUUUUAACAACUUACACUAUCGCUAUCGCC